GUGGCGAUCAGAGCGAAGGGGGGAGAGAGCAUUCGAGUGACAGGUAGGAAGGAGCGCAGUUAGCCUACUUGGGUCUCGAUAUUGGCAAUGCAGUCUGCGCUAUUGUUUUAUAUCCCUCUAGAUAUGAGCUAGCCAGUGAUAAUCAUUCCACUGACGAGGUCUGCGACUCACUGCAUCCGGAGUUUAGGACUGAAACCAGGUAGGAAGAAAAGGAAAAGGGGUAGUUUCGGGCCGGGAGAGCCGAAUAACACAUCGCCGGCUUCCGGGGAUUCAGGGCAGCAUUGAGAAACAGCAGACGGUCUUCGGAAGGGCGAGCAUCCAUUAUAUAUAAUUUGGAUAGACAACCACUGCUGUAGUGGAACCCUAAACAUGUCAAGAAAGGUCCACAGAACCGAAGUAUGCGCCGACUGCAGUGCACCAGGUACGAUGAAAACUGAAACAAUGCGUUGUUUUAGUCUUUGAGAUGGGCUAGCUGGCGACAUUGAGGUGGGACGGCGGAGGCCUGUGCCUGCUGUCAGUACAAUAAAACGGCGCAGGUUCCCAGGCAGUUAGUUAGUCAGGCCUUUAAACAGAGUGAAAUUUGCAUUUUCAGUGCGUGUGGAUAAAUGAAGUGACUAUAAAGUUACUUUGGUUUAUUUGAUAAGAAUCAUAUUCUGUGGAUGAAUUUGAGUGUGGCAGAUUUGUUUCGCCUGCUUGACUAGCUCGCUAGCCAGCGCAGCUAGCCAAGCAAGCAACGUUAGACGUUUGUUUUUAUUUAUCUUGAUAGCUAGCUAGCUAACGUUACUGGUUGUGUUAACUGCCACAUCUAGCUGGUAGCUAACUACCUACCUACCUAGCAUGCUAACAAAUGAGAAAGGGUGUCUGUCUUGUCUAACUUGAAUAGCUUGCUAUCACAGCUUUUUGCCUGUAAAGUUGUCUCUGUAGCUAGAACUGAGCUGGCCACACGGGCUAACUGGCUAGGUAAGUUAGCUAGUUCAAUUUGAAGACGCCAGGCUAAUUAGCUAGCUACAUCUAGCUAGUUUGGCUUGUCUUCCUCCAGAAUACUUUUAUAAAUGUGACGAAUUCCAUGUUGUAAUAUGUGUAGAUAGUUAACUAGUGUGCUAAUGUUCAGAGACAAGAACAUUAGCUGAACGUUGUUACUGAGUUAGCUAGCUAGCUAGUUACAUUAUCAUAAAAUAGUAGUUUAAGCUAGUUGGCUAGCUAACGUUAGUUAACUAGCUAGCUGCCUGCAACUACCCAAAGCCAAUGGGUUAGCAAACAGUGCGGCGCAGAGUAGGGGCGUUGAUAUUAGCACUAGCAGAGGUUGUGAAUAGUGAUUGAGUGAGUGCCUGUAAUCUGGACCCCUGACCUGUUUAGACUGCUCCAUCUGUAGGCAAAACCAAACACUUUUAGCUUGAUCCUUCAUGGCAUUGUUUUAGUAUGAGUUGCUCAUAAAAUCCGAAAUUGACUUGCAAAUCAUGAAGACUACAUUCUCCAACUCUUGUGUUUGUCUGAAACAUUAUUGUGCCCACACAACUGAUGUGAUGGCAUCCUGGCCCUCCCUGCCGGCAUAGCCUUGGCCUUGCACAUUUAGCCCCACCUGCCCCAAUGUUUUGGGGAGGAGGAGAGUUUGGAAUGGGGGUUGGUUGGGAUGGUGUGCAUGGCAGCUGCUCUCUCCCUCACAGCUGCUCUCCCUUCAGGAAUGUGUUUCUGCUCUGUGAGCCUCUUCUGCACUAUCCCAGCUGAUUUAUGACACUCCUGACCAUCACUCCUCUGCAGUUACCUGCGUUAGCCUGGCCUGCCUGUACACCUACUCUGUGUGUGCACUGUGCACUUUAUUACUUAGUCUACCAUCAGCUUUCUGCAGCCCCGGCGGCCCCUCCCCUUCUGGGCAGUGGCAGCUCUAGCAAGCUGCUGACCACACCACUAGUGUGUGACUCCUUGCAACCCUCCACACUGGAAUAGCUACUGAACUCAUAAACAACCUCCAUAUUGUGGUAGAAGUCAUAUAGCCACUAUAGGCUAUUUGUUACUGCCAGUAUGCUCAUAAGGCCUUUUUGUUUUUCUGUUAUAAUAUGAUUUGAGUUUUAUGGGUUGUGAUGGGCACCACAGCAUGUGGUAGAAUGCUAGACUGAAGAGAGGGCUAUAGCCUUCAGUAGUGUUGGCUGUAGAUAUAGUGGUAAAAGAGAGUGGCCCCAUAUGCGCUGUGUCUGCCUGUCUGUGUGAGUACAUGCGUAUGAAAUCACAUUAGGCACUGCACACACUAAGUGGAAGUAAGUGUGGAAAUGGUGAGGAAGAGCAAUGGGGCUGUUCUGUGAAGCAUGAAUUAUGACGAGAUUUAACUUUUAGUGUCAAUAAAUUGAACCUAUAUCAAGGAAGAGGACCUGCUUCCCACUCUUAACAUUUGGUUUAGCGCUCUGCUUUGUUCUGCUCAGCCAUGGGUACAAACCCAACAAUUAAUUGCUGCUUUUCAUAGAUUACAAUAUUUGAAAACCAUAGGCAUGCUUUGUUGAGUAUUGCCAAUAGCUAUUUGUUUCAAAAUUGUCCCUCAAGAACAGAUCUCUCUCUGCAUGUAUUUAUUCUGCACCAGCCCAAUCUCUUAGGCUUGGCUCUUAGGCCUACCAAUUGAAGAAAAAAACGAAUGCUCCAUCUAGUUCCUCUGACAUUUGCACGUUAGCUUAGCCUAAUUGUAGCAGGAUCCUGAGGGUGUAGGCUAACCUUGCCCCAGCCAUAUUUUUUUAAUAUUUAUUUUUAUUUCACCAUUAUUUAACCAGGUAAGCCAGUUGAGAACAAGUUCUCAUUUACAACUGCGACCUGGCCAAGAUAAAGCAAAGUAGUGCGAUUAAAAACAACAACACAGAGUUACAUAUGGGGUAAAACAAAACAUAAAGUCAAAAAUACAACAGAAAAUAUAUAAACAGUGUGUGCAAAUGUAGCAAGUUAUGGAGGUAAGGCAAUAAAUAGGCUAUAGUGCAAAAUAAUUACAAUUACUAUUAACACUGGAAUGAUAGAUGUGCAAGAGAUGAUGUGCAAAUAGAGAUACUGGGGUGCAAUGAGCAAAAUAAAUAACAAUAUGGGGAUGAGGUAGUUGGGUGGGCUAAUUUCAGAUGGGCUGUGUACAGGUGCAACUGAUGCUUAAAGUUAGUGAGGGAGAUAAGAGUCUCCAGCUUCAGAGAUUUUUGCAAUUAGUUCCAGUCAUUGGCAGCAGAGAACUGGAAGGAAUGGCGGCCAAAGGAGGUGUUGGCUUUGGGGAUGACCAGUGAGAUAUACCUGCUGGAGCGCAUACUACGGGUGGGUGUUGCUAUGGUGACCAAUGAGCUAAGAUAAGGCAGGGAUUUGCCUAGCAGGGAUUUGCCUAGCAGUGAUUUUAUAGAUGGCCUGGAGCCAGUGGGUUUGGCGAUGAACAUGUUGUGAGGACCAGCCAACAAGAGCGUACAGGUCACAGUGGUGGGUAGUAUAUGGGGAUUUGGUGUGAUAGACUACAUCCAAUUUGCUGAGUAGAGUGUUGGAGGCUAUUUUGUAAAUGACAUCGCCGAAGUCAAGGAUCGGUAGGAUAGUCAGUUUUACGAGGGCAUGUUUGGCAGCAUGAGUGAAGGAGGCUUUGUUGCGAAAUAGGAAGCCGAUUCUAGAUUUAACUUUGGAUUGGAGAUUCUUAAUGUGAGGCUGGAAGGAGAGUUUACAGUCUAACCAGACACCUAGGUAUUUGUAGUUGUCCACAUACUCUAGGUCAGACCCGUCGAGAGUAGUGAUUCUAGUUGGGUGGGCGGGUGCCAGCAGCGUUCGAUUGAAGAGUAUGCAUUUAGUUUUACUAGUGUUUAAGAGCAGUUGGAGGCUACUGAAGGAGUGUUGUAUGGUAUUGAAGCUCAUUUGGAGGUUUGUUAACACAGUGUCCAAUGAAGGGCCAGAUGUAUACAAAAUGGUGUCGUCUGCGUAGAGGUGGAUCUGAGAGUCACCAGCAGCAAGAGCGACAUCAUUGAUAUACACUAAGAAAAUAGUCGGCCCAAGAAUGGAACCCUGUGGCACCCCCAUAGAGACUUUCAUAGGUCCAGACAACAGGCACCCCGAUUUGACACAUUGAACUCUAUCUGAGAAGUAGUUGGUGAACCAGGCGAGGCAGUCAUUUGAGAAACCAAGGCUAUUUAGUCUGCCAAUAAGAAUGCGGUGGUUGACAGAGUCUUGGCCAGGUCGAUGAAGACGGCUGUACAGUACUGUUUAUUAUCGAUCACGGUUAUAAUAUCGUUUAGGACCUUGAACGUGGCUGAGGUGCACCCAUGACUAGUUCGGAAACCGGAUUGCAUAGCGGAGAAGGUACAGUGGGAUUCGAAAUGGUCGGUGAUCUGUUUGUUAACUUGGCUUUCAAAAACGUUCGAAAGGCAGGGCAGGAUGGAUAUAGGUCUGUAACAGUUUGGAUCUAGAGUGUCACCCCCUUUGAAGAGGGGGAUGACCGCGGCAGCUUUCCAAUCUCUGGGGAUCUCAGACGUUACGAAAGAGAGGUUGAACAGGCUAGUAAUAGGGGUUGCGACAAUUUCGGCGGCUAGUUUUAGAAAGAAAGGGUCCAGAUUGUCUAGCCCAGAUGAUUUGUAGGGGUCCAGAUUUUGCAGCUCUUUCAGAACAUCAGCUGUCUGAAUUUGUGUGAAGGAGAAGCAGGGGGGGGCAUGGGCAAGUUGCAGCGGAGGAUGCAGAGCUGGUGGCCGGGGUAGUGGUAGCCAGGUGGAAAGCAUGGCCAGCCGUAGCAAAAUGCUUGUUGAAAUUCUCGAUUAUUGUAGAUUUAUCGGUGGUGAUAGUGUUUCCUAGCCUCAGUGCAGUGGGCAGCUGGGAGGAGGUGCUCUUAUUCUCCAUGGACUUUACAGUGUCCCAAAACCUUUUGGAGUAAGUGCUACAGAAUGCAAAUUUCUGUUUGAAAAAGUUAGCCUUUGCUUUCCUAACUGCUUGUGUAUAUUGGUUCCUAACUUCCCUGAAAAGUUGCAUAUCGCGGGGGCUAUUUGAUGCUAAUGCAGUACGCCACAGGAUGUUUUUGUGCUGGUCAAGGGCAGUCAAGUCUGAGGAGAACCAGGGGCUAUAUCUGUUCUUAGUUCUGUCUUUUUUGAAUGGGGCAUGUUUAUUUAAGAUUGAGAGGAAAUUACUUUUAAAGAACAACCAGGCAUCCUCUACUGACGGAAUGAGAUCUAUAUCCUUCCAGGAUACCUGGGCCAGGUCAAUUAGAAAGGCCUGCUCGCUAAAGUGUUUUAGGGAGCGUUUGACAGUGAUGAGGGGUGGUCGUUUGACCGCGGACCCGUUACGGACGCAGGCAAUAAGGCAGUGAUCGCUGAGAUCCUGGUUGAAGACAGCAGAGGUGUAUUUAGAGGGUAAGUUAGUCAGGAUGAUAUCUAUGAGGGUACCCAUGUUUACGGAUUUAGGGUUGUACCUGGUAGGUUCAUUGAUAAUUUGUGUGAGAUUGAGGGCAUCUAGUUUGGAUUGUAGGAUGGCCGGGGUGUUAAGCAUAUCCCCAUUUAGGUCACCAAGCAGUACGAACUCUGAGAAUAAAUGGGGGGCAAUAAAUUCACAUAUGGUGUCCAGGGCACAGCUGGGGGCUGAGGGGGGUCUGUAGCAAGCGGCAACAGUGAGAGACUUAUUUCUGGAAAGGUGGAUUUUUAGAAGUAGAAGCUCAAACUGUUUGGGCACAGACCUGGAUAGUAUGAUAGAGCUCUGCAGGCUCUCUCUACAGUAGAUUGCAACUCCACCCCCUUUGGCAGUUCUAUCUAGAUGGAAAAUGUUGUAGUUGGGGAUGGACAUUUCAGAAUUUUUGGUGGCUUUCCUAAGCCAGGAUUCAGACACUGCUAGAACAUCAGGGUUGGCGGAGUGUGCUAACGCAGUGAAUAACUCAAACUUAGGAAGGAGGCUUCUGAUGUUAACGUGCAGAAAACCAAGGCUUUUACGGUUACAGAAGUCAACAAAUGAUAGCUCCUGGAGAGUAGGAGUGAUACUGGGGGCUGCAGGGCCUGGGUUAGCCUCUACAUCACCAGAGGAACAGAGGAGGACUAGAAUAAGGAUACGGCUAAAGGCUUUAAGAACUGGUCUUCUAGUGCGUUGGGUACAGAGAAUAAAGGGGGCAGAUUUCCGGGCGUUGUAGAAAAGAUUCAGGGCAUUAUGUACAGACAAGGAUAUGGAAGGAAUUGAAUGACUAGACUGUGUGGCCAAUGGUUCUCUUUGUGCCCACUGAACUCUGGACUUGUGUAGUAUGAUGAUCUCAUUACCACCUAAAGGCACAAUUGGGUGGUACUGGAAUUUUAAAGGUCAGACUUGUAUUUAGGCUAUACAGUAUGACGCUAAUAAUAAAGGCGUUUCUUUGCGUUUUGUUGAUUUCAUGGUCCCGAGAACUCCUUUUUAGAGUGUCAUUGAAACUUCACGUCAGACAAACUGUCAGCCUAUUCCUCACUCUCACAGUAGGCUAUUUGAUUAUUUUAAAUGUGUGCAGUAAAUAAUAAUGUCAAAUAUUAGGCCUAACUUUAUUACCGGUAAAACAAAGCUAUAGGCCUAAUGAUGAACCUGAGAUGAGCUAGGCCUAGUAGCCAGUUGUCAGAGGUGGGUUUUUGCUAAAUAGCCUAAGUUGUACACACCUGACCCUCCCCCUCUCCCUCCUCUCUCUCACUUUAUCUUUCUCUCUUUCUCUGUGUUUUCAGAUCCGGGCUGGACCAGCAUCAACAGGGGCGUUCUGAUCUGUGACGAGUGCUGCUCGGUGCACCGCAGCCUGGGACGCCACAUCUCCAUCGUCAAGCACCUGCGGCACAGCGGCUGGCCCCCUGCACUGCUGCAGGUACCUGGGGGGGGGGACAAGAUGGGGGCUGGGCUGGAGGGGGAGUGGGCACUGGGGAUCAUUACUGAUGGGUGUAGAAGUAGCCUAGUAGCCCAGUAUUUGGCAAGCGGCUAAAUGACAAGUAACCCACGUCAACCAAUCUAUUAGACCUAUACCUGUUUAUUACAGAUUUAUAACAUGUAUAUCCAUAAACUAAUAAUUAACAGUUUAUAAACUACAUAUAAAUUAGGGCUGGGAAUUGCCAAUAUGAUAUGUAUUGCGAUUUCACGAUUCUAUAUGUAUUGCGAUUCGAUAAUACGAUUUUAUUGCGAAUUGAAUGUUCCAAACAUAUUGCUCACUAUAUGUCUGCUGCAGAGAGACGAGCGAACAUGGAAAUAAAAGUGCUGAAAACAUGUUGGCUCACUAUUUAAAAAGAAGAUGAACAAGCUAUAGCACAGGCACAGCUGACUAGCGCUAGCUAACGCUACCUAGAAAAACAAUUAAAUCAAAUCAAAUCAAAUUUUAUUGGUCACAUGCGCCGAAUACAACAGGUGCAGACAUUACAGUGAAAUGCUUACUUACAGCCCUUAACCAACAGUGCAUUUAUUUUAAACAAAAAAAGUAAGAAUAAAACAACAACAAAAAAAGUGUUGAGAAAAAAAGAGCAGAAGUAAAAUAAAGUGACAGUAGGGAGGCUAUAUAUACAGUAAAAUAAAGUGACAGUAGGGAGGCUAUAUAUACAGGGGGGUACCGUUGCAGAGUCAAUGUGCGGGGGCACCGGCUAGUUGAGGUAGUUGAGGUAAUAUGUACAUGUGGGUAGAGUUAAAGUGGCUAUGCAUAAAUACUUAACAGAGUAGCAGCAGCGUAAAAAGGAUGGGGUGGGGGGGCAGUGCAAAUAGUCCGGGUAGCCAUGAUUAGCUGUUCAGGAGUCUUAUGGCUUGGGGGUAGAAGCUGUUGAGAAGUCUUUUGGACCUAGACUUGGCACUCCGGUACCGCUUGCCGUGCGGUAGCAGAGAGAACAGUCUAUGACUAGGGUGGCUGGAGUCUUUGACAAUUUUGAGGGCCUUCCUCUGACACCGCCUGGUAUAGAGGUCCUGGAUGGCAGGGAGCUUUGCCCCAGUGAUGUACUGGGCCGUACGCACUACCCUCUGUAGUGCCUUGCGGUCAGAGGCCAAGCAGUUGCCAUACCAGGCGGUGAUGCAACCAGUCAGGAUGCUCUCGAUGGUGCAGCUGUAGAAUUUUUUGAGGAUCUGAGGACCCAUGCCAAAUCUUUUUAGUCUCCUGAGGGGGAAUAGGCUUUGUCGUGCCCUCUUCACGACUGUCUUGGUGUGUUUGGACCAUGAUAGUUCGUUGGUGAUGUGGACACCAAGGAACUUGAAGCUCUCAACCUGUUCCACUACAGCCCCGUCGAUGAGAAUGGGGGCGUGCUCAGUCCUCUUUUUUUUCCUGUAGUCCACAAUCAUCUCCUUUGUCUUGGUCACGUUGAGGGAGAGGUUGUUGUCCUGGCACCACACGGCCAGAUCUCUGACCUCCUCCCUAUAGGCUGUCUCAUCGUUGUCGGUGAUCAGGCCUACCACUGUUGUGUCGUCGGCAAACUUAAUGAUGGUGUUGGAGUCGUGCCUGGCCAUGCAGUCAUGGGUGAACAGAGAGUACAGGAGGGGACUGAGUUGAGGAUCAGUGUGGCAGAUGUGUUGUUACCUACCCUUACCACCUGGGGGCGGCCCGUCAGGAAGUCCAGGAUCCAGUUGCAGAGGGAGGUGUUUAGUCCCAGGAUCCUUAGCUUAGUGAUGAGCUUAGAGGGCACUAUGGUGUUGAAUGCUGAGCUGUAGUCAAUGAAUAGCAUUCUCACGUAGGUGUUCCUCUUGUCCAGGUGGGAAAGGGCAGUGUGGAGUGCGAUAGAGAUUGCAUCAUCUGUGGAUCUGUUGGGGCGGUAUGCAAAUUGGAGUGGGUCUAGGGUUUCUGGGAUUAUGCUGUUGAUGUGAGCCAUGACCAGUCUUUCAAAGCACUUCAUGGCUACAGACGUCAGUGCUACGGGUCGGUAGUCAUUUAGGCAGGUUAUCUUAGAGUUAUUGGGCACGGGGACUAUGGUGGUCUGCUUGAAACAUGUUGGUAUUACAGACUCAGUCAGGGACAUGUUGAAAAUGUCAGUGAAGACACUUGCCAGUUGGUCAGCACAUGCUCGGAGUACACGUCCUGGUAAUCCGUCUGGCCCUGCGGCCUUGUGAAUGUUGACCUGCUUAAAAGUCUUACUCACAUCGGCUACGGAGAGCGUGAUCACAUAGUCGUCCGGAACAGCUGGUGCUCUCAUGCAUGCUUCAGUGUUGCUUGCCUCGAAGCGAGCAUAGAAGUGGUUUAGCUCGUCUGGUAGGCUUGUGUCACUGGGCAGCUCGCGGCUGUGCUUCCCUUUGUAGUCUGUAAUAGUUUUCAAGCCCUGCCACAUCCGACGAGCGUCAGAGCCAGUGUAGUAUGAUUCAAUCUUAGACCUGUAUUGACUCUUUGCCUGUUUGAUGGUUCGUCGGAGGUCAUAGCGGGAUUUCUUAUAAGCGUCCGGGUUAGAGUCCCGUUCCUUGAAAGCGGCAGCUCUACCCUUUAGCUCAGUGCGGAUGUUUCCUGUAAUCCAUGGCUUCUGGUUGGGGUAUGUACGUACGGUCACUGUGGGGACGACAUCAUCGAUGCACUUAUUGAUGAAGCCAGUGACUGAUGUGGUGUACUCCUCAAUGCUGUCUGAAGAAUCCCGGAACAUGUUCCAGUCUGUGCUAGCAAAACAGUCCUGUAGCUUAGCAUCUGCGUCAUCUGACCACUUUUUUAUUAACCGAAUCACUGGUGCUUCCUGCUUCAGUUUUUGCUUAUAAGCAGGAAUCAGGAGGAUAGAGUUAUGGUCAGAUUUGCCAAUGGAGGGCGAGGGAGAGCUUUGUAUGCGUCUCUGUGUGUGGAGUAAAGGUGGUCUAGAGUUUUUUUCCCUCUGGUUGCACAUUUAACAUGCUGGUAGAAAUUAGGUAGAACGGAUUUAAGUUUCCCUGCAUUAAAGUCCCCGGCUACUAGGAGCACUGCAUCUGGAUGAGCGUUUUCCUGUUGAUUAAUGGCCUUGUACAACUCAUUCAGUGCAAUCUUAAUGCCAGCAUUGGUUUGUGGUGGUAAAUAGACAGCUAUGAAAAAUAUAGAUGAAAACUCUCUUGGUAAAUAGUGUGGUCUACAUUUAUCGUCCAAAAUAAUAUUGCGAUAUGUAACUAUCAAUUUUUUCCCCCCAUCACUAAUAUAAAGUAAGUGUUACCUGGCUGCUGGUCAUAUAAGAUUUGAGAAUACUUUUGUUAGGAACUGGCUUUUUUUAAAUUUUCUUUUUUGUAUUUUCACUUUAUUCAGACAGGAAGGAAAUGAGUGGGGAGGGAGAUGCAGAGAGUGGCGCUGGGGUCGGGAUUCGCACCCACGCUUGGUGGUGUAUUUUUAAUUUUAUUUUACCUUUAUUUAACUAGGCAAGUCAGUUAAGAACAAAUUAUUAUUUACAAUGACGGCCUACACCGGCCAAACCCGGACGACGCUGGGCCAAUUGUGCGCCGCCCUAUGGGACUCCCAAUCACGGCCGGUUGUGAUACAGCCUGGAAUCGAACCAGGGGGUCUGUAGUGACGCCUCAAGCGCUGAGAUGCAGUGCCUUAGACCACUGUAUAGUGUUGCAGGCGGUGGCGUUACCCACUAGACCAGCCUCAGGCACAGGAAGAGGCUUUGAUUAGCUCUAAGAGGACGUUCCAAGCAAACAUUAGAUCAUUUCAUGUUAGGGCUGUGUUGUCGUGUGUCUCACCAGUGUGUGUGUGUGUGUGUGUGUGUCUUUGUCUGUGUGUGUGUGUGUGUGUGUGUGUGUUUUAGAUGGUGCAGACCCUGGCCAGUAAUGGGGCUAACUCGAUUUGGGAGCACUCCCUGCUUGACCCAGCGCAGGUGCAGAGCGGCCGCAGGAAACCCAACCCACAGGACAAAGUCCAGUAAGUUUUUUUUAUUUAUUUCACGUUUCACAACAUAUUUCACGAUACGUCAGAUGAGAACCAAUUCUCAUUUACAAUGAUGACCUGGGUGAAAACAUUCCCCGCUUACCUAUAGUGUCUGUUUGUGGAACUCACUCUCCCCCACCAAGAUCUCAAGAGAUGUAUUUUCACUCUGUCAAUUGUUAUAGUCCGAUCAGGCUAAUAAGCUUAUGUGUUAGAUGCAGCUCAGCCUUGGGUCAUUAGCUAGUAUCAGACUGUUAUGGGAUCAGAGAGGAUUUACCCCUCGGCGUCUCCUGCAGCAAUGAUUCAUACAUACAGUUGAUGUCUUACCCAGUUUGUCCCAACCCUCUCCUCUCUCUGUUUGUGUGCGCGUUUGCACAGCCCCACCAAGUCCGAGUUCAUCCGCGCCAAGUACCAGAUGCUAUCCUUCGUCCACAAGCUGCCGUGCCGCGAUGACGACGGUGUUACCACCAAGGACCUCAGUAAGGUGAGGCCCCACCCCCUCAGGUCAGGGUUCAGAGGGUGACGUCCUUCACAGGCUGGGCUCGUCCACUCAUGGCCAUGGCUGGUGGGCCGGGCUGCCUCCCACUGAGGCUCUACACACACGCACACACACACACACACACACACACACACACACACAGAGAGCCUGCCUUUCUUCUUCUCUCCCCUGUAGGCAGGAAGGAAGCACCUUAAUGACACCACAGGAAUAACUAAUGGAAGCCACUGUGUGGAUCUAUUAAACACCACUAAUGAGGGGAUUCACAGGGUCUCUCUCUCUCGCUCUCCCCCUCUCUCUCAGCAACUGCACUCCAGUGUGAGGACAGGGAGUCUGGAGACAUGUCUACGGCUGCUGUCCCUGGGAGCACAGGCCAACUUCUUCCACCCGGUGAGACUUAUACCACACCCACCCUCCCACCCCCUGUUACUGCAAAUUACCCACUUUCUCACCACAUACACUCACAACCCCGCUAUAGAGCAUCGGUCCAAUCGGUCUAUGCUGUGUCCGUGCUCCCAUAAUUCCCUAUUUGAAGUAAUGAUGUGUGUGUGUCUGUGUGCGUGCAUGUGACUGUGUGUCUCUGUGUGUGUGUGUGUGUGGUUGUCCUCUCAGGAGAAGGGCACCACUCCACUCCAUGUGGCAGCCAAGGCAGGCCAGGUUCUGCAGGCAGAGCUGCUGGUUGUGUACGGAGCUGACCCCGGAGCCCCGGACAUCAAUGGACGCACACCCAUGGACUAUGCCAGGUAGGCUACAACAGAGGUCUAUUCAUUAGUGUACACUGUUGCGAAACGUUUUGCAACGUAAAAUGUUUUGCAAGGAAAACAAGGGUUUCUUAUUGGACAAGUUCAGGUAGUCCCUUCCCGUUUGGCCAUGUUUGUUUUUGUUACUUGUGAAUACACCCCUGGUUCACUCUUUUUGAACAUAGUAUACAUACACACACAGUUUUGUGUGUGACUGUCAUAAGGUAGUCAGUGUGUUUUUUUGUUGCUGCUGUAUUGUGUCAGCAAGCUGUGUCAUACAGUUGAAGUCGGAAGUUUACAUACACUUAGGUUGGAGUCAUUAAAACUUGUUUUUCAACCACUCCACACAUUUCUUGUUAACAAACUAUAGUUUUGGCAAGUCGGUUAGGACAUCUACUUUGUGCAUGACACAAGUAAUUUUUCCAACAAUUGUUUCCAGACAGAUUAUUUCACUUAUAAUUCACUUAUAAUUUACAUACACUAAAUUGACUGUGCCUUUAAACAGCUUGGAAAAUUCCAGAAAAUGAUGUCAUGGCUUUAGAAGCUUCUGACAUCAUUUGAGUCAAUUGGAGAUGUACCUGUGGAUGUAUUUCAAGGCCUACCUUCAAACUCAGUGCCUCUUUGCAUGACAUCAUGGGAAAAUCAAAAGAAAUCAGCCAAGUUCUGGUUCAUCCUUGGGAGCAAUUUCCAAACGCCUGAAGGUACCACGUUCAUCUGUACAAACAAUAGUACGCAAGUAUAAACACCAUGGGACCACGCAGCCGUCAUACCGCUCAGGAUGGAGACACGUUCCGUCUCCUAGAGAUAAACGUACUUUGGUGCGAAAAGUGCAAAUCAAUCCCAGAACAACAGCAAAGGACCUUGUGAAGAUGCUGGAGGAAACAGGUACAAAGGUAUCUAUAUCCACAGUAAAACGAGUCCUAUAUCGACAUAACCUGAAAGGCCGCUCAACAAGGAAGAAGCCACUGCUCCAAAACCGCCAUAAAAAAGCCAGACUACGGUUUGCAGCUGCAGAUGGGGACAAAGAUCGUACUUUUUGGAGAAAUGCUUGCAAGCCGAAGAACACCAUCCCAAUCUCUGGCUUGCAAGCCGAAGAACACCAUCCCAAUCGUGAAGCACGGGGGUGGCAGCAUCAUGCUGUGGGGGUGCUUUGCUGCAGGAGGGACUGGUGCACUUCACAAAAUAGAUGGCAUCAUGAGGAAGGAAAAUUAUGUGGAUAUAUUGAAGCAACAUCUCAAGACAUCAGUCAGGAAGUUAAAGCUUGGUCGCAAAUGAGUCUUCCAAAUGGACAAUGACCCCAAGCAUACUUCCAAUGUUGUGGCAAAAUGGCUUAAGGACAACAAAGGCAAGGUAUUGGAGUGGCCAUCGCAAAGCCCUGACCUCAAUCGUAUAGAAAAUGUGUGGGCAGAACUGAAAAGGCGUGUGCGUGCAAGGAGGCCUACAAACCUGACUCAGUUACACCAGCUCUGUCAGGAGGAAUGGGCCAAAAUUCACCCAACCUAUUGUGGGAAGCUUGUGGAAGACUACCCGAAACGUUUGACCCAAGUUAAACAAUUUAAAGGCAAUGAUACCAAAUACUAAUUGAGUGUAUGUAAACUUCUGACCCACUGGAAAUGUGAUGAAAGAAAAAAAAGCUGAAAUAAAUAAUUCUCUCUACUAUUAUUCUGACAUUUCACAUUCUUAAAAUAAAGUGGUGAUCCUAACUGACCUAAGACGACAGGGCAUUUUUACUAGGAUUAAAUGUCAGGAAUUGUGAAAAACUGAGUUUAAAUGUAUUUGGCUAAGGUGUACGUAAACUUCCGACUUCAACUGUAUAUACAGUUAUAGGAUCUGAUCGUUGUGUUUGUGGCAGGCAAGCGGGCCAGGUGGAGCUGGCAGAGCGGCUGGUGGAGUGUCAGUACGAGCUCACAGACAGGCUGGCCUUCUACCUGUGUGGCCGACGCCCUGGUAGGUGACCUUUUACCCCUGCCAAGGACCUUACAGAGGGCUCAGAGUUGAAGCGAUAAUCAGCAAUCAAGUCGUUGAGAUCUCGCUCGGUGGGUGUAUCCUUCAAACAGCUAUCAUGACGGCAGUUUUGUUGUUGGCCAAUGUCAGAGCUGGCUAACAAGAGCUGCCUGCCCUCUCCCUACAUUUGCAUAAUAUUGGGACAUUUUCAAUUCUAUUCACUAGUUCUCAUCGCCGACCGCUAAGUCGCUGUGUUUCUCUUUGUGUCUCCUCCUUCCAUUGAACAUGACUGGUUGGUGGUUGCUAGGUCGCUGAUUACCGCUCCAAGUAUGGACCCACUGUUAGGCCUAACUAUUAAGGCGUCUUUCACCCAAUGAAUGUUUUACACAAUACAAUGACUUCACUCCAUUUUACUCUAUCCUGCAGAUCACAAGAAUGGGCAUUAUAUAAUUCCUCAGAUGGCUGACAGGUAAGUGUCGAAGGGUCAUGUGUUCAGGGUCAACAUUGGGUGGGAGGGUGUGGGGAGUAUAUUUAUAAAUCUGCAUGGUGGUUGAUAUUUAUUAUACAUAGGGGUGGUUUUUCAGACACAGAUUAAGGCUAAUCCUGGACUAAAAAGUGUUUUCAAAUGAGAUUCUCUAUUGAGCAUGCUUUUUAGUCCAGUAUUAGGCUUAAUCUAUGUCUGUAAAACCACCCAAUAAUGUAUUUUUGUCUUUCACGUGACAUGAUAUUCUGACAAUGCCUUUGAUUGUCUGGAAUCUACAAUGAAAUGUUAUGAAUACCAUGUAAUAUUCUGGGACAAUUGAAGUGGCUAGGUGUAAUGCAGUGUUUUGACCAGUAGGUUGUGCCCUGCCGUUAGUCAGUCUGUACUGCUAGAGAGAGGAGCGAAAGCCCCUGGCACACUAAUGAUGCUGACUGCAUGUCUGUCUGCUGAGCUACAACAGACUUCUACCACACUGUUCUUACUGUACUGUACUAUACUCUGUACUAUACUGUACCAUACUCUGGGAGUCUACUCUUGUGAGCAGUGGAGAACUAGUGGCGGUAUUCACAAAGUGUCUGAGUAGCUGAUCUAGGAUCAGUUUUACCUUAGAUAAUAAUUCAGACGAUUAUAUAGACUGAGGCGGACCUGAUCCUACAUCAGCACUCCUACUCUGAGACACUUUGUGAAUAUGGGCCCUGGUGUUUAUGGGGUUUAUCCCCCUCCCUCCCUCUCUCUCUCUCUCUAUUGCUUUCUACCUGUCUCUUUCUUGUCUCGCUCACUCGUUUUCUGUUCUCUCCAUCUUUGCUGCGCUUGUGGAGGCAGAGCUCGCCCUAAGUGCCCGACACAGAGGUAUCUCUCUUUUCUCUUUCGCUCUCACUCCUUCAACAUCCCCCCUUUUUUCCUCUUUUAUCCCAUGUGCUCAUCAUCUUCUCGCUGGUGUUAGGGAAGGAGGGAGGGAUUCCUGUAAUAUUCUGUCUACCUUUUUAUAUAGUAGUAUUACUUUUAGGAUGUCUUGAUUCAAUAAACAGUGAUGAGAGCCCUUUGCUUUUAAAUAGGAGGCUGGUAUUUUAUCCCAUUAUCAGGUUGGCUACUGUAUCUAGACCACCAGGACUCAUUUUAGAUAAUACAAGUACUUAUGCCUAUCGUUUUGAAUGUUGUCAAACUGAAAUUGAAGGAGCUACAGGUAACUGCCAAAAUAAAGGAAACACCAACAUAAAGUGUCUUAAUAGGGCGUUGGGCCACCAUGAGCCAGAACAGCUUCAAUACACCUUGGCAUAGUUCAGGGGUAGACAACUCUAGUCCUGUUUUUCAUUUCACCGACCUGGAAGAUCAGGUGUGUUGAAUUUAGGCAAUCACUGAACUGAUCAAUUAGCUUAGUUGGUUAGGUGUGGUGCCUAGUUGGAAGAAACUCCAGCAGUACCUGCGGUACUCCAGGAACAGGGUUGCCUACCCUUGGCAUAGAUUCUACAAGUGUCUGGAACUGUAUUGGAGGGAUGCGACACCGUUCUGCCUCAAGAAAUUUCCCAAAUGUUGGGGUUUCUGUUGAUGGUGGAAAAAAACGCUGUCUCAGGCGCCGCUCCAGAAUCUCCCAUAAGUGUUCAAAUGGGUUGAGAUCUGGUGACAGACUGCCAUGGCAUAUGAUUAACAGCGUUCUCAUGCUCAUCAAACCAUUCAGUGACGACUUGUGCCCUGUGGAUGGGGACAUUGUCAUCCUAUGAGGGCAUAGCCAAAAUAAUGGCCUGCCCAGCAUUUCUAUACAUGACCCUAAGCAUGAUGGAAUGUUAAUUGCUUAAUUAACUCAGGAACCACAUCUGUAUGGAAGCACCUGCUUUCAAUAUACUUCUCUCAUUUACUCAAUUGUUUCCAUUAUUUUGGCAGUUACCUAUAUAUUUUACCUGAUUAUCUGGCAUGGCCCUCGCUCCAUGACCUGACGACCUCCUGUCUCACCCCUCCCACCGUUCCAUCUCCACCUUUCUCUCCUCACCCCUCUCUCUCUCUGUUCGUGUCUGUGGUUGUUUCAUUGUGGCAUUGUGUCUGUCUGUCUCUGCGUAGCCUGGACCUCUCAGAACUGGCCAAGGCAGCUAAGAAGAAGCUGCAAGCGGUGAGUAGUGCUGGGUGGUCAAAGGGUAGGGGCCUUGGGUUAGAGUUAAGGCUUUAUCUGUCUGGUGGACUUCCUGGGUUGUGUUCAUUAGGACACAAGGCAAAACAUUGUGAAACGUUUUCAAUAAAAAAAAAAAAGAGCAUUUCUUAUUGUGCAGGUAUCCCUCCCUUUUUCAGUCUGUUUUCUUCCAUUUGGUGCCUAAUGAGCACGACCCAGAACGCGAGCUGAUCUGAUAAUAAACUGAAGCAGUGGGCCAUGUCUGUAUCAGUGACACUAAUUAUCUAUGACAGAGGACUAUGACUUUCUCCAUUUCCUGUGUAUGGUAUAAUCAAUUCUCCUUUGGCCCAGGCAGCAAAAGGACUGAGCCCUUUAGUGUAGUGCUACUGUUUGUGUUGACAGUACUGCUGUACAUGAUUGUCCUGCAGGUUGGACUAUUAUUCUAACCGUGUGUGUGUGUGUGUAUAUAUUUUUCCCUCGCUGGUAUUUGCUCCAUUGGCAUGCAUUGCUUAUGUUUGUCUUGGUCUUGGCAUCCCAUACAUUUCCUGUGUGUGUGUGUGUGUGUGUGUGUGACAGCUGAACAAUCGAUUGUUUGAGGAGCUGGCCAUGGACGUGUAUGAUGAAGUGGACCGCAGGGAGAACGAUGCAGGUGAGACUCCUUCUCCUCUCCUGUGGAACCCAUCCCCUGCUUCUCCCUCUCCUCCACCUCUCUCUAGAUCUCUCCAUCCUGCGCCUCGUUCUGUCUUUGCCUUUUUGAGUCAUGCAAUCGGUUUGGGCCACUCUGGGGGUGCGUCCAAAAUAGCAUCCCAUUCCCUACAUAGUGUACUACUUUCCACCAAGCCCUGGUCAAAAGUAGUGCACUAUAAAAGGAAUAGGGUGCCAUGUGGGACACAGCCCCAGAGUUGGCUGUUCCCGGGAGAAGGAGUCACUGUUUAGAAAGGAAACGCAUAAACAAAGUCUGUAAAAGGGCACUGGGUGAGGUCUAAAACUAGAGAAGGAGACAGAGUGGGGAAGAAGGAGCGAGUGAGAAGGAGAGAGCGAGUUGGUGAGGAAGAGUCUCUCUCUUUCACUCUCCUCCCUCGCUCUCUCAGAAGCAGGAACAGUCGCAGACUGCGUUGUCUGACAGAGACUCUCCGCAGGUAAGCAGGAUGGGGUAGAGGCAGAGAGCUGGACACACACACAAGCACAUACACACAUGCAUACACACACAGCUCUAGGUAUAACAGGACAUUCUAGGAGGAGAGAAUGUGUAAGUCUGUAACUGUUCUGUGGUCUGUUCCAGUGGAGCGUUGUACUGUGUGUAUGUGUGGGCGGCAGGCAGGGUGUGUUGCUGUGUGUGUUCCAACUUCCAGCUGAAAUGACCUUGUUUCUCUCUCACUCACACAUCAAUGUAUAAUAUCUCUCUCUCUUUCUCUCCUCCUCUCUCCUUCCUCCCCUUUUCCCAGUGUGGCUGACGACUCAGAACCACAGUACUCUGGUGACGGAGCGCAGCGCGGUGCCCUUCCUGCCUGUCAACCCCGAAUACUCAGCCACACGCAACCAGGUAACCACCACUACUUCUAUCACACACACACACAAAACAAACAAAGUAAUGUUUGAUGACUGCCAGCAAAUGCUCUAAUAUCUUAGUUCCAAUGCGUAUUUAUCGUUCUCCAACUGCUGCGUAGGCUUAGUGAUAACAGCAGGCUGAAGGUGAUGCUAGUCACAGAGACACAGGCAGGCAGUAGAAGGGACUAUCGGGAAAACCUCCUAGAGCACGACAGAUUUUAAAAAGGGAACAAAAGAAGAGAACAGAAGGGCAGACGAAGAAAGAUUAAAGUCUGGGCUGAAAUGGAGCGGGAGGGAGCGAGGGAUGAAAGAUCACAUUCUAUGAAUAGUUUUGUGGCUGCACUGGGAUUUCUGAGCUUCUGCCCUGGCUAUAGAGAUAAAGAGACAGAGACAGAGAGAGAGAGAGAGAGAGAGAGAUUUUCCAGCUGUGGAGGAGAGGGGAAACGAAAGGCGGUGUGUGUAUGAUUGUGUGUCCUCCCUCAGUUGGCUAGCUCAUUACUGUAAACAUGGGCCUUAACACAGCAGCACCCUCACCACAGUGAGAUCCCCAGCUAGGAUUGGAUUGAAUAGCGUUGGAGACAGCUGACUGGUCAGUGGUAGUGUGUUUGUUUCAUGCAAGAGCGACUGAGGGAGAAAACACAGACGCGCACACACAGAGGCUGAGGAAAAUGGAUUGUGAUGACCGUGUGCUCACGGUUGGACCGUGUUUAGAAUUGAAACCACAUGGAUACAAAGCCUGUAUUUUUGUCCCCUUAUGCAAACACAAACAUGCAAAUUGCAAGGUGCAAUGUUUAGUGUGUUUGUGUGUGACUCUGUUACUAUGAUCAACUGUAGCCCCUGUGACUGUGCUUUUCCACACCACACCACAUGACCAGUGACCACAGGACUGCAGUACCAGAGACUGUGACUCCAAUUGCUUGAAUAAUACACCAACAAUGUCUGAACUCAUUUUGCUCCUGUAAACCUAUGUCUAUGCGUCGGAGGGUUUUUGAGUACUCAACUGCCUCUUUUUCUCUUUCAGGGUAGACAGAAGUUGGCCCGUUUCAACGCUCGUGAGUUCGCAACGCUAAUUAUCGACAUCCUGAGUGACGCCAAGAGGAGGCAACAGGGGAAAGGCCUGAGCAGCCCUACUGGUGAGGGAGGGGAGAGGUGUGGAGGAGGAGAGGACCGAGGAAAGGAGGAGAGAGGACAGGAAAGGAGGAGUGAAGGGGAGGGGAGCAGAGGGGAGAGGAGAGGGACUGAGCCAGUUCAAACGCGGUCUUUAUGAAUUAAAUGUGCUCUGGACAUUAAGCUGUUUUAGCACGCACUUCAGUCAAUCCAUCCAUUGCAAUGUUUGAGUGAAAAGGAGAAGUUACUGAGAUGUAUUUUAAAUGGCGGGGUUGGGGUUGCCUGGUUGUGUCAUGGUUAGGUCAUCACUAGUUGAGUUGAGCUGUAGUUAUCCUGAUUUUUCUGUGUCUCAAUCUCAAUACGUCUUUCUACGAUUCCUCACAUCCUAUCUCCUCGCCUCCUCCUCAACCGUAUUCGAGGAAAAGGUCAAAGUUCCCUCCCCAAGGACAUUCUUCUCCAAUGCAUUUUGAGAAGGAAGCGAGGAGAGAGUAUGUGAGGAAUCGAGGAAAGAUGAAUUGAGAUUGAGCCAGGGCCUAUGUUGUUGCUCUGAUCCAUCCCUGUAGACUCUAGUCUGGACCUGGGGGCCGACGACGACCAGCAUGACUACGACAGCGUAGCGUCGGAUGAGGACACGGACAGUGAGCUGAACACUCAGAACAACAACAACACACAGCGCAACAACCGGGCCAAGGUAAGGAGUGAAGGGCACAGAAGGAUGGCAGGGUUGUGUUCAUUAGGCAUCAAACAGAAGAAAACAGGGCCAAACGAGGAGGGACCUACCUGAAUUUGUCCAAUGGGAAACGUUUUGCACCAGUUUGCACUAAUGAAUACACCCCCUGGGUUGUGUUCACUAGGCACCAAGCAGCCUGAAACAAAGUGAAAGGGGGAGGUACUAUUCGAACUGGCCUAAUAAGAAGCGCUUGUUUUCUUUUUCCAUUGCAAACCAUUGUGCUAUGUUUUUCUCUACAGGCCAACAUACCAAAGUAUUCCCCUUAAACCCAGUAUAUAGAUGGAUAAAAUGUGUACUGAGAUAAAUGGAGGAGGGAAGGGGUUGAGCAAAGUGACCAGGAAGGGGUCCUGUGCUCCCAGUCCUGCUUUGAGUUAUUAGAGACCCUUCAGAUCAGGGUCCAUACGUAUCAAGCGUCUCAAAAUAGAAGUGCUGAUCUAGGAUCAGGUCUCCACUGUCCAUGUAAUCAUAUUCAUUGUGAUCUAAAAGGCAAAAUUGGUCCUAAAUCAGCACAUAGUUCUUCUUAGCUUCUUCUAGUGAUUGCAGUAUUAUCCCCAGCAGUAUCUUCCUCCCCGCCUGUCCCAGCAUGCCUUGCGGGAGAGGCAGUGCUGCUACUGCUGCCACAUACUUCCACAGUGACAUCACAGCUAUUCUGGGUCUCCAGUCAGAGGAGCAUUGUUCUACGAGCAGGGGAGGAGAGGGAGGCGGGGAGAGGGCGGGGGAGAGGGCGGGGGAGAGGAGGGGAGAGGAGAGGGGGGUGGAAACCCUGUUAAAACAGGCACCCACAGCCACAGGGUGUGGUGGAAAAGCUGCUGUAAAAUGAGAAUUGAAGGUCUACUGUGUGAAGAAGCUCUGUUCUGGUGUGAUACAGACAGGAGCUCUGUGCUUCUCCGAUAUGGCUGAGCUGUGAAUGGAUGUGGAUGCUGUUCAUAGUCAUUUCCAGUUGAGAAGAGAUUUCUCAAAUAUGGUUUGAGUGUUGAAUGUGAAAAUAUAGUUAUUUUAAGCUGUGCUCAGACUUCUCCAUAUACUGCUAAGAGUGAUGAUGAAAUCGAGUGCCGCUUAUUGCUCAGACAAUAGCCCACAUAAACGACUCCAGAAUGCUUGUGUGUGUGUUUUUAGAUUGAGCGUUUUAAUUAUAUUUCUAUGUUGUGUCUGUCCCCUCAGAGCAUGGACUCGUCGGACCUGUCGGACGGGCCCAUCACGCUGCAGGAGUACCUGGAGGUUAAGAAGGCCCUGGCUUCCUCCGAGGCUAAAGUUCAGCAGCUGAUGAAGAUCAACAACAACCUGAGUGAAGAGCUGCACCGGCUGCAGAAAGAGGUAGGGAGAGGAGAUAAAGAUGGAGGUAUGGACGGGAGGAAUGGAUAGAGGGAUGGAUGGAGGGAGUAGAGAGGGAGAGAGUUAGGUCAAGUAGUAGGGAGGGCAGGAUGGAGGGAAGCAUGCAUGGUAGAAAGACGGGAAGAAUUUCAAUAUGUCUAAAUGUUGAUGUGUUAUUAUGCACCAAGAUGUGCUUUUCUAAUUAUAUUUUUCCGCAAGUUAGUGGAAGAUGGAUCCUUUCUGCCUCAGUAUAUUAGUGUGUUAUCACUAUCAGUGUUGGUCUACUCUGUGCCCAGAGCUGUCCUUAUACUGUAAUAAGCUAAGUGUGCAGCUCAGAACAGUAUCUGUUAGUUUUGGUGUAAGCAAUGCAGUUUGUUCUUCAGUGUGUCAAAUAUCAGGUUUCGUUACUUUGUCACUUUGUUUUGGUUCCGUCUCCAUGGUGGUGGUGUUGUUUUGUUCUCAUGAAUGCCUGAGCUAUUGUCCCAUGUCGAUCCCAUCACUCAUCACUCAUGUCUAACACAAGGAGAAAUACCAGCCCCUAGACUCACACAAAUGUCAGCCCCUGCACACACACUUGGAAAAUGCACAGUAGUUCUCUUCCAGUGUUGAUAGUUUGACAGGUACAUACAGGUAAAACAAUAACACAGUGUGGGCUAGAGCAGCAACCCCCCCCCCCCCCCCCGUACACCUCAAUAAACCAUGCAUGUGUAGUUCUCUUAUUUUCCAAAAUUCUAAAGAUCAACCCCUAGUACUGCCAAUAUGUAUGUUUAUUUGGUUAAGAGAACCCAGCAUGUAGUUAUACCCACUAGAUCCACCGACUAGCCAGUUUAACCCCUAAUAUCCACCCAUCAGUAUAGCCUAUAGAUAGCCUAUAGACUCCCUUUAUCCCCAUUAUAGUCUUACCUCCAUCCGUACCUAGUAUGUGGCUAGCUAAAUGAUGCUCCCUGUACAGUACCUGUGUAUGUGGAUGCUUCUCCGUGUGACCUUUGACAUAUUCAGGUGACCCUCCUCCCCUCCCCCGUCCCCACCUCUCCCCGUAGAUCUCGCGGAUGCAGACGGAGAACAGUGCGUUGCGGGGGGGCCAGGUCGGAGGAGGAGGGGGAGCUGGCGGUUUGGGAGGCGGGGGAGGAGGCAGCCCGGCACAUUGGCCAGGGGGGGUGAGAGGCGGGGGAGGUAGGGGAGGGGACCACUCCAGCCUAGCCAUGUCCUCGGCGGCGCCCGCCCACCGGAGGGACAGACAGGCUUUCUCUAUGUACGAGCCAGGGGCCGCCACCCCCAAGCCCCACUCCCACUCCCCGGGCCUGGACUCCCUGACGGACCGCCUGCAGCCUCUGCACCCCAGUGUAAGUGUGAGCAACGCUACGGCCCCCAGAUGGUGAUGGUGAUGGUGAUGGUGAUGUACCACCUGCCCUCCCUGUCUCUACUGCUGCCUACCUCCUUUACUGCUGUCUGGCAUGCACACACCGCUCACCAGUGGAGUGCUCUUCCACUUUAACCCCUAACAUUUGACCCCCAGCCUCUACCGCUGGCUCUAUGCUUUCUGGGCCAGAUGCUGCACGCACCCGCCCCAAAUACACACACACACACACACACACACACAGACACUGCUUAGCCCCUCUACUGAGCCUUCGGCACUGUAGCAAAUCACUCUUCGCCUCCACUCACUUUACAUGAGUUUAUCUCUGAUUGAGGCUUCUUUGUGUGUAGAAAGUCAUGUUUUUAAGCUAAGAUGGCAGGUAGCUUUCCCACCAUUGAUGAGUGAAGAUGUCUAACUCCCGUAUCAUAGCUUUCCCAUUCCCUACCACUAGUGUGUGCAGCACAAGCAUCAGGAAUGUUAGUGGUUUGACCUGCACUGUUAGCCAAUAGCCAUACACACUUCUCAAUGGAUCCUUCAAGGCACUGUGUCAGUGUCAGUUAGUCACUGACCCACUCGGUCACAGUGGAACUAAGAGGGCAGGCAGACCUACACGAAUGUCAGCAGUGCUUGGAUCACCUGUUGGGUGUGUUGACAAACAGUGGCAAUUCAACAUGUGGAAAUGAACAGAAAAUGACGGCUGAUGUUCUGUGGUCAGAGGCGAUAGGACGGCCACCUGCUGCGCACCAGCUGCACACGGCCACCGUUCGUGUUAGUCUGUCUGCGCUCUAAGCUGAUGCAAUACUUACGCACGCACUCACUCUCCCCUGCUUCCAGCCACUCUGACUGGUAUGGGACUUGCAUAGGAAGCCAGGAGGUAAAGUCAGUCUGUCUGUCCAUCUGUCCUGACUCCUGUCUCUGUCUGUCUGUUGCUCGCAUUCUGUGUACAUCCAUCUGUCUAUCCUGUCUGUCUUUGAUUGUGCUCAUUGUUGCAUCCAACCUUUACAUUCCAUUAUCCAUGCGGGUGAUGCAAAAUCCCAAUGCAUAUAUCAGUUUGGUUUAUCCAUGCAUUUUUCCAUGUCUCUUUUUAGUUUGUAUUUUGUAGGGCAUUAGCAAAUGCACAAUUUCUUAUUGUGUAGUUUGUUCAUGUUUUAAAAAAUAAUAAUUAUAGAACCUAGAGAGUUCUAUAUGCUAGGAUAUAUCUAGAUAAGUUGUUUACUAUGUGUUUUUUCUGUGUAUGUCUCGCAUUGAUGCUAAUAAGGCAUUUAUAAGUAAUUUUUUAUGAUGAUAUGGCUAUACUGUAUAUCAUUAAUUUAAAAGUAAAAAAAUGGAUUUACCAAUCCCAGAUUGCCCCUUUUAAAAGUUGUACAGUUUGGGCCACACAGUGGUAAAACCCAGUGCUCUGUUGAAAAGCACAGAUGACGAAGACUUCAUUGUAUGGACAUUAUUUGUGUAUCAUACAGCAUAUGCCAGCAUACAAAUAUUCACAUAGAUGAUCAGUCUUCAUCUAGUUAGUCCAAGAGUGUCCUACUGGCCAUACUCUCUGGGAUAACUCACAGCAUAGGCCCUUAUGUCAGUGAGCUGUGUCUAUAAUUGUGCUGACUGUCUGGGCCUGCAUAAAGUGUCUCAGAGUAGGAGUACUGAGCUAAGAUCAGGGACCCCCCCCUCCCCCCCUAUUUAUUAUCAUUGUAAAAGCCGAAACUGAUCCUAGAUCAGCACUUCUACUCUGAGACGCUUUAUGAAUACGGGCCCCGGCUACUGGUCAGGUCAUCUAUUGUGAAUGUGGCUAGAGAGGAGACGUGAUGUGAGGCAAGCUAAUGAAAGAUAACCGGCUCCUCUGUCUUCUCCUGUGUAUGUCAGACAGUAUGUUUGUGUAUCUGCUAAUGUUAAUGAUGUACUCCUGUGUGUGAGUUGGUCUGGGAUAGUGGCUCACUAACUACUUGGCAGGACCUAGCUCAAAACUCACACAUUUCCUUUGAAUUCCAGUCAACUUGGGUUGUACUCUCACUGACUACAUUUUCAGUAUAAGCCUGUCCUGGGGAAAGUUGCUCGGCAGUUUGGCUGUUGAGUUUUAGUUAGUUAUUUGAUAAAACAAUUCUAAUUUGACCUCGACAUAUGGGCUAGUAUCUCCCCACACAAAGCUGAGCUGACUCUGCUCAAGAAUGGAUAGCGUAUCCUAGUGUUUGAUUGGAAUCUUCCUACUAAACAUAAUUGUCAGGCGGUGUUCCUUCUGCGGUUCCUCUGUUGCUUCUCGUCCUCCUCUGAGUUCCUGUCCCGUUCUGUCCCACCUCCAGGUGAGGAAGGGGGGUCCUGGCUGUCCGACACCCUAUGGAGGACCACACCUCUCUGGCUCAAUGGAGAUGGGGAGAUACAUGGUAAGACUGGCUGGCUGUCGCCCUCCUUUACAGUUGGUCAACUCAUCUGUGACUUCCAGGCUACUUCGCGACCAACCCCAGACCGUGACGGCUGAAACAUUCAGUGGCGUCUUAUGAAUGCUGACACUGUUUUAUACACCAAUAUGAGCUGAUACAUUGCUGAGGAUUGUAUAUUGUGGCUUAGUGUAAUUGUUUGUGUGAAUGGCUUGCUAUUGUUUGGUUAAUAAAUGCCUUGCCAUACUCUCACUGAUGUCUGCCUUUAGAAUCACUACUGCUACCAUUGAUGCUGAUAAGGUGUUCUGUUUGUCCACAGGGCCCUAAAGGAGAGAAGCACGGCAGUGGUACUGAUAGUGACUAUGACAACACUCAGACAUAUGAGCUGUCGCUAAGGUAAGUCUGGGGUGGUGGAGGGAUAUCUAGAGCAGAUGGCUGGCCAGUGACCGGGUCAUUCUGGAGUCUCCCCCAACGUGGAGCGGGGGCAGACAGGCCGGGCUCGAGGGUCUACCUAGACAUCUAGCAGACUGACUGACUUAGUCUUUGUCAAGGACAUAUUUACUGUGGUGAUUACUUCAGAGAUGCUUACCUCUCUUCUCAUCUCAAUGUGGGAAUUGCAGGCUAAUGUAGAGAUUGUACUGAUUUUGUGUGUGUCUUACAGUAGGGGGCGCAGCAGUGAAGAGGAGGGCCGGGGGGAGUCUGAGGAGUGGGGUGGGGGUGAAGGGGGUGAGCCAGACCCUACCCUGCCCUGCACCGAAGACGUCAUCCUCAAGACGGAGCAGGUGACCAAAAACAUCCAGGAGCUUCUGAGGGCCGCACAGGAGUUCAAACACGACAGGUAGGCCCUGACUACGAGACUCACUCCAUGACACAGUCGGGUGAGGCUUACGUUGCAUCUGGUGGUAACAAGAGUUUGGCUUACGUUGUAUCUAUGGUGGUAACUUGAGUUUGGCUUACGUUGUAUCUAUGGUGGUAACAAGAGGUUGUCUUAUGUUACCCAGUUUCAUUCCAUGCUCUGAGAAGAUCCACUCUGCUGUCACUGAAAUGGCCUCUCUCUUUCCCAAGGUAAGGUUUUGCGCUCUCUCUCUCUUUUUCUAGAAUUUCCUUAAAGAUUCCGUAUUGUGUGAAACUGCCACCACCAGUUGUUGUUGUUGUUAUUAUUGUUGUUGUUUUUGUUGUUUAUUAUUACAACAACAAAGAAGUUGCUUCAAACAACUUUUUUUUUAAUGCAUGAUAGAACAGAAGAAUAUGUACUGCACAUUUUUUGGGGACCAAAUAUGGAUUGUAGCUUUAAGCAGUAAGUGUUGUCUCCCCUCAGCGGCCUGCUCUAGACGCCGUGCACUGCUCCCUGCGCCUCCUGGCGUCCAGCGCCUCCCGCCUCCAGGUGGAGUGUCGCAAGGCGGCACCCUCGGAACUGUCAGCGCCCGCCGUCGACUACCAGCUGCUCACCCAGCAGGUCAUCCAGUGCGCCUAUGACAUCGCCAAGGCUGCCAAGCAACUGGUCACCAUCACCACCCGCGAGAAGAAACAUUGA